GUUACUCCCCUGAUGCUGUGAAUGCCUUGCCAACAGACAAAGAUGGUUUUCCCUAUCACCCGGAGAUCACCAUCAAACACGGUCCUGAACCAGCGGCGCCUUUAGACCUGGCUGCUCGAGUCAAAGACAGAAAUAUCUAUUUGACUUGGAGAACACCACCUUCGUCUCCUGUGCCAAUAUUUUCAUAUAAGAUUGAGUAUCAACAUGACGGCAAGUGGCAGUAUUAUGGAAACAGGAUCAUGGGCAACACUACAAACAGUGCUACAAUGUACGACAUGCCUGCAGGAACUUAUGAUAUAUAUCUGCGCUCGUACGGGGUGUUGUCAUACAGCCCUUGGAGUAAUGUUGCUCGGGUUCACAUCCCAGGAGUGAUUAACAAACCGGCAGGAAGUGCUGGG